CAUCGGGCCAAGGGGAGGCGGGGGCGGGGCCAAGGGGAGGCGGGGCGGGGCCAAGGGGAGGCGGGGCGGGGCCAAGGGGAGACGGGGCGGGGCCAAGGGAGACGGGGCGGGCCAAAGGGAGGCAGGGGCGGGCCAAGGAGAGGCGGGUCGGGCCUAGGGGAGGCGGGGCGGGCCAAGGGGAGGCGGGGGGCGGGCCAAGGGGAGGCGGGGCGGGCCAAGGAGCGGGAGGCGGGGGAGGCGAGGCCAAGGGGAGGCGGGGCGGGCCAAGGGGAGGCGGGGCGGGCCAAGGGGAGGCGGGGCGGGCCAAGGGAGGCGGGGCGGGCCAAGGGGAGGCGGGGCGGGCCAAGGGAGGCGGGGGCGGGCCAAGGGAGGCGGGGCGGGCCAAGGGGAGGCGGGGCGGGCCAAGGGGAGGCGGACCGCCAAGGUGAGGCGGGGCGGGCCAAGGGGAGGCUGGGCCAAGGGGAGGCGGGGCGGGGCCAAGGGGAGGAGAGGUGGGGCGGGCCGGGCCAAGGGGAGGAGAGGUGGGGCGGGCCGGGCCAAGGGGAGGCGGGCCAAAGGAGGCGGGGCGGGAGCCAAAGGGAGCGGGGCGGGCCAAGGAGGCCGGGGCGGGCCAAGGGCAUGUCUGUGACCGCCAAGGUGAGCGGCGGGCCAAGGGGGACUGGUGUUUUCCAAGGGAGUGCGGGGCGGGCUGCCAAGAUGGAGUGA